GCUCACCCCGCUGCAUUCGCUCGUGCUCUUGAGCUUGAGCUCUUCGUCUUGGGUUGCAUCACCUUAACGUCGGUGACGUCGAAUCCGCAACAGCAGCAACAGCGACACCAACACCAACAGCACUCGAACCAAACCCGAACAGACAGCAGUGACUAUGCAGUCCGAAGAGACCCUCGUCGCCGCGCGCCCGCCCGUGAAAUACUACUUCACGCGCAACAGCGUGCGCAAUACCACCAUCUACGUCCCUUCCUCCUCGUCCUCUUCUUCCUCCUUCGACGCUUCCACCAUCGCCUCCACGCCUAUGUCGCCAACCUCUCCGGUCUUCCCGUCCUCUCCGACCUCGCCAACCUCACCCGUCACCCCGACCACACCCUCAGCGCCUGCGCGCGGGCGCGAGGUGAAAUACACGGUCACCACGGACGCGAAGUCCGGCAAGCGCACGGAGCUGCUCGAUGCGCGGGGGAACUCUGUCGCUGUGCUGACGCGGGCGGGGUUCAUGCGGGGCGGGAGCCUCAAGGGGAGUAUCGGGAAGCGUAUGAGCCUUGGGAAGGGGAUGGUGAAAGAGGAGACGAUCACAUGGAUGGGAAGGCGCAGCAAGAGCGAGCAUGUGUACGGGGGCGGGGAGACACCGGACGGUGAGACGGGGGAGGUGGUGGGACACGAGAUGCCAGCGAGCAAGUGGCUGUGGAAGACGGAGACGUCGGAGGGAAAGUGAGCACAUAUGUUUUUACCAUACCAUUGGCCGCCAGCCCCAUCCCCGUGCCUACCUCGCCACAUCAGAAGACUAACCGCGAACCCCGCACAGCAAAGUACACGUCGUCGACACCCCACACGGCGCGCUCGUUUGGCGCUCGGAGGAGGACGGCGCGCCACACCGGCACGCGGCGUACCUCGCGCCCGACCUCGACCUCGCGCGGCCUGUCGCGUGGCUCGUGCCGCAGACGGACACGAGCAGCCUCGGGCUCGUGCUGCGCGCGUGUGCGGAGGCGAUCCGGGACGAGGUUGUCAUGAGUGCGAUUGUGCUCGAGCAGCGCAUGCGCACGGGGCGGGUGGCGAUUGGGGUGUUUGAGCAGGGGAGACUAUAGGGGUUAGAACCUUACAGCGUGAAAAUUGGUAGGCAGGGAUG